GGAUCGUCUUCAAAAGGAACAAAACAAAAAAAAUAGUUGGACCAUCAUUCAAUCAAGGUCUUUAUAUGAACACAGUUUUAUUUAUCUGUGAUUGACCUAAAUCUCUGUUCCCAAAAUAGUCGAUCAUAGUUCCUUGUUUAUAUCUUGUGUGAUAUCAAUUUACCUGUUCUCUUAUGUCGGCAAUAAGUUUUCUAUUUAAUCAUUUAAUUUCGGAUGUAUUGCGGAAUUAUGUAAACAACAACCUGAUCUUGCUUAUGAGCAAUAAAACAUGUAUUAUUCUAAAUAGGUUUUGUAUUUGAAGUGAGUUGUUUUGUUUUUAAAUGACAUAGCAACGCCGUUUUUCAUUUUAAUAUUUGUUGUGGCUUUCGCGCUCAUCUGCUAGUAAAUAAAAUGGUUUCUGAGAUACUGCCGCUUGAAAAAUGAUUAGUGACAUAGUCAAAAAAGAUUCGGCUGAAAUACAACAAUAUUUGUAAUGGGGUCGUUUUGGAGUGAAGAAAAAAAUGAAGAAGAAUUCAGCCCUCCUCAACAGCAAAAUGACUGGGUUAUUGAAGCUCAAAGGUUCAGAAACCCUGGCGUUUCUAUUUUGAAAGAAAUUUUAAAAAACAUCAAGCUAGACGAGGAUCUCAUCAGAGAAAACAAUGCAAUUCUCCAUGAGUUCUUGAGAACUUUCAUAUAUAAGUUAAAGGAAGUUGAUGAGUUGUUUGACCUUUUAUUCAGCGAGUUUCGUUACUUUGGCAGCUUUUACUCGGAUCUUCGAGUUUCCACGCCUGAUGAAUUCGAUAUCAAUAUGGUUUUCAGGCUGCCUGUCAAGGAUUCACAAUUUGAAGCACCAAGCUAUGUUAAAUACUACCUGAAACACAAUUCGAUUGCCUUCGAGAGAUAUCCUAAACUUGCCAAAACUUUCUUUGAUGAUGGAUAUUUAAUUCCCCAAAAAGUACGACAGUGGCUUCAAAGUGUUGUUGACAAAGCACUGAGAACAUACAUUCCACCAAGAUCGUGUACACAGGUGCGUACAAGACAAGCAGGACCCGCCAGGACUAUUAUAUUGUACAAAAGAGAUGGCACAAUAAUUGAUAUUGAUCUAGUUCCAGUUAUUGAAUGUACUCUUUUCUUGCCUCGAUCAAGUCUUGAUGGCAGGGUGGAAUCCGAAGUCGGAAACAAUUUGGAUGCAUUUCUUGUACCGAAACCUUAUUCGAGUUUCGGUAGACAGAGACCGAUAAACGAAAGGGAAGCGAGUCGUUUGUGGCGAUCCCAUUUUCCUGAACCUGAAGACGAUAUUAUUCAUGAUCUAGGUUGUGUAAAACCUGUUAUCAAGCUGUUGAAGCUACUGCGAGAUAAAGAAGACUGGAAAUGUUUGGCCUCUUAUUACUUGAAAACUGUCGUUAUGUGGAUGGUUUUAGAAAUCGAUAACGAAGACUACUGGAGGGAAGAUAAAAUGGAUAAGCGCUUUCUUGAUGCUCUUCAAAAACUGGACAGAGCCGUUGAGCAGAAGAGAAUAACUUACCUCACGUGGUAA